UUGGGCACGCGCAGCCAGCCCUGGCCUCGCCAGGGACCCAGACACGCAGGCAGGGGCGGCCGCCAGCGUAACUGCAGGUUGGGCAAGGGACCUCCGCCGGCUCACCAUGGUCGAGACACGCUUCUCCAAAUUCCUGCAGAAACUCGGAUUCUCCCGCGCGGGCCACCAGUACGAGCCGCUGGAGCGGGGCGAGUUGGAAACCUUGUUUGAUGAACAAUGUGAGUUGAAAGCCAUUGAAAAAGACAAGACGGUGGUAGCUCUGCCACCCAAGGAGGCAAGCAAAUGCCACAGAGAGGAUCUGGCCGAAGCGCUUUAUGUGGACUUACAGAAUGGGCUGUCAGAGUUCUCGGUGACGCAGCGCAGGCUGGUCCAUGGCUGGAACGAGUUUGUUGCUGACAACACUGAACCCAUGUGGAAGAAAUAUCUCGAUCAGUUUAAGAACCCCCUCAUCCUGCUGCUCCUGGCCUCUGCGUUAGUGAGCAUCCUCACGAAGGAGUACGAGGACGCCAUCAGUAUCGCCAUGGCCGUGCUGAUUGUGGUCACCGUGGCCUUUAUCCAGGAGUACAGGUCGGAGAAAUCUCUGGAAGAGCUGACCAAGCUGGUUCCUCCUGAAUGUAACUGCAUAAGGGAAGGAAAACUCCAGCAUCUGCUUGCACGAGACCUGGUUCCUGGAGACAUUGUGUGUCUGUCGAUCGGAGACCGGAUCCCUGCAGACAUUCGUCUCACUGAGGUCACAGACCUCCUGGUGGACGAGUCCAGUUUCACGGGAGAAGCGGAGCCAUGUAGUAAGACAGAUACCCCGUUGACGGGUGAGGGGGACCUCACCACCCUGAGAAACAUUGUGUUCAUGGGGACCUUGGUGCAGUACGGGAAGGGGCAGGGAGUCGUGAUCGGAACUGGGGAAAGGUCUCAAUUUGGAGAAGUGUUUAAGAUGAUGCAGGCUGAAGAGACACCUAAAACUCCUCUACAAAAAAACAUGGACAAGCUGGGGAAACAACUGACACUUUUCUCUUUCUGCAUAAUUGGUAUAAUCAUGCUCACUGGCUGGCUGCAAGGGAAGCACCUUCUUAGCAUGUUCACCAUUGGGGUGAGCCUGGCUGUGGCCGCCAUUCCAGAGGGGCUGCCCAUUGUUGUCAUGGUGACGCUGGUCCUGGGAGUGCUGCGGAUGGCCAAGAAGCAGGUCAUUGUGAAGAAGUUACCAAUCGUGGAGACUUUAGGUUGCUGCAAUGUCAUCUGUUCUGAUAAGACUGGGACGCUGACUGCCAAUGAAAUGACUGUCACCCAGCUUGUAACGUCUGAUGGGCUCCGUGCCGAGGUCAGUGGAGUAGGAUAUAACGGCCAAGGGACAGUCUGCCUUCUGCCAUCAAAGGAAGUCAUUAAGGAGUUUUCCAACAUCUCAGUGGGGAAAUUAGUGGAGGCAGGCUGUGUCGCCAACAACGCUGUCAUCAGGAAAAACACCGUGAUGGGACAGCCCACGGAAGGUGCCUUGAUCGCCCUGGCAAUGAAGAUGGACUUAAGUGAUAUUAAAGAGUCAUACGUGAGAAAAAAAGAGCUCCCAUUCAGUUCGGAGCAGAAGUGGAUGGCGGUAAAAUGCAGCCCCAAGAAUGAGGAGGAGGAAGACAUUUACUUCAUGAAGGGGGCCUUUGAGGAAGUGAUUCGUUACUGUACCCUGUACAACAAUGGGGGCAUCUCCCUGCCACUGACGCCCCAACAGCAAUCCUUCUGCCAGCAGGAGGAAAAGAAGAUGGGGUCGCUCGGCCUGCGGGUGCUGGCCCUGGCUUCUGGGCCCGAGCUGGGGAAGCUGACGUUUCUGGGUCUCGUUGGAAUCAUUGACCCACCGAGGGCGGGUGUGAAGGAAGCGGUGCAGGUUCUCUCUGAGUCCGGCGUGUCCGUGAAAAUGAUAACGGGAGAUGCCCUGGAGACAGCCUUGGCGAUAGGGAGGAACAUCGGCCUGUGCAAUGGAAGUCUGAAAGCCAUGUCCGGGGAAGAGGUGGAAAGUAUGGAGCACACCAAGCUGGCUGACCACGUCGGGAAGGUGUCUGUCUUCUUCAGGACCAGCCCUAAGCACAAACUCAAAAUCAUCAAGGCUUUGCAGGAGUCAGGGGCUAUCGUGGCCAUGACGGGGGAUGGGGUAAACGACGCAGUCGCCCUGAAGUCAGCAGACAUCGGGAUUUCCAUGGGGCAGACGGGGACAGACGUUAGCAAAGAGGCCGCCAACAUGAUCCUGGUGGACGAUGACUUCUCAGCCAUCAUGAAUGCAGUGGAGGAAGGCAAGGGGAUUUUUCAUAACAUCAAAAACUUUGUCCGAUUUCAGCUGAGCACGAGCAUCUCGGCCUUGAGCCUCAUCACUCUGUCCACCAUGUGCAACCUGCCCAACCCCCUCAACGCCAUGCAGAUCCUGUGGAUCAACAUCAUCAUGGACGGGCCGCCGGCACAGAGCUUGGGGGUAGAGCCAGUGGACAAAGACACCCUGCGGCAGCCACCGAGGAACGUCAAGGACACAAUCCUCAGCAGAGCCCUUAUCCUGAAGAUUCUGCUGUCAGCUUCCGUCAUCAUCAGCGGGACCCUCUUCAUCUUCUGGAAGGAGGUGAAGAACGUUCUCACUGGCUCAGUCAAUGCCUGGGUGCUGGUGGCGGAUGCAGGACUGGGGCGGAUCCCCGAAGACAAGGCCAGCACCCCGCGUACCACAACGAUGACCUUCACCUGUUUUGUGUUCUUUGACCUCUUCAACGCCCUGACCUGCCGCUCUCAGACCAAGUUGAUAUUCGAGAUCGGCUUCCUCCGGAACCACAUGUUCCUGUACUCCGUGCUCGGGUCAAUUCUGGGGCAGCUGGCUGUGAUUUACAUCCCGCCCCUGCAGAAGAUCUUCCAGACAGAGAACCUGGGAGUGCUCGAUUUGUUGCUUUUAACUGGAUUGGCCUCAUCCGUGUUCAUUUUGUCAGAGCUCCUCAAACUAUGUGAAAAAUUCUGCCUCAGAGCUAAGAAAGCCCAGAUUCACCAUGAAGAUGUAUAGUGGGCCCCGACCAGUGUACCAUCCCCUAAAUAAUGUAUAUUUUCAUGUGACUGCGGCCCCUCCCCAGCCCUUCUUCGAAGGGAUAUUUUCAGGAUACCAUCGGGUUAAGUCACUCACUGCCUCCUUGGGAAGCCAGCAGGAAGCUCAGCCCAGGCUCCUGUCCACACCCCUCUCUCCCCCCCGCCAGGCUCAGGGACAGACUGGGAGGAACCUGUACAGAAACACCUCGCUAUUUAUUAAAUCAAUGAUUUUUAUUAACCACGUGUGCCGUAGCUCCAUGAAAUGCAGCCCACCCGUGAAGAAUAAUACAUGGGGACCCGGGGGGACGAGGGACAGGGGACAGGGGACAGGAGCCGGCUCCUGGUCGUUGCUCUGCCCAUUGUUGGCCUCCUCAUCCACAAAAUGGGGGCUUUGGGUACUUUCGUUAAGUGCUAUGCCAGGGGUCAGGUUGUUGUUUUGAUGGACUUAGUGCUUUUCCUACAAGUGGCCAGGUUGGAAACCCCGCCUUGUGCUUACCACCACGUAUGUGGCGAGACGCGGGAACGUCCUGAAUAAUUGCCUAACCAAAGGCCCCAGCUUUUAAGAUGAGGAGUAAGUGGUCUUCAUCUCCAGAACCAGGAACCAGAGUAUUUCCCGCCUGCCUGAGGAUGAGCCGUAUUUCCCACUGCCCCCAAGAUUGUUCUUACAACAUGUCUGACUUCAGUUGAAUGGUGGUAGACCAGAGAGGUCUCUGUCUCAUUCCUCUGUCUGCAGCCAGGCAAAAACCCCCAUACAGAACCAGAAAUGAAGCUCUAUCUUUCAUGCAAUGAGGUCACAACUAUAACUCCCCCACUUAUUAGCCAGGGUUUUCUAGAGAAACUGCACUAAUAGAAUGGAAAGAGACAGAUUUGUUUUAAGGAACUGGCUCACGUGAUAGCUGGGGUUGGCAAGUCCAACAUCUUUAGGGCAGGCCGGCCAGCUGGAGACUCAGACUUGAGCUGCAAUAGCAACUCUUUCCUGAGGCAGUCCUCAAGUCUGGAGGCAGGAUUCCUUCCUUCUCAGGGGAUUGCAGUAGUUUCUCUAAGCCUUCAGCUGAUUGGAUGAGGCCCACCCACAUUAUCAAGGAAAUCUGCUUUAUUCAAAGUCUACUAAUUUAAAGUCAAUCUCUGCUAAAAAAUUUCUUGCAGAAACAUCUAGACCAGUGUUUGAACAAGUGUUUGAGUAGCUUAAGUAGACACAUGAAAGUAAGCAUCACACCAUGUAAGCCACAGUAGCUGUCAGAUAGGCUGUCCGGGGUGGUGAAACAAGGACCAGAUCAGGCUGAGGGUCAGAGUGGACCUCUGCAGUUUCCAGACAGAGUCCAGAUUCCCCCAAAGUAAAACUUACAGACUGGAGGGAGGUCACUAUGCUCCUCUGCCCCACCAAAUGACACCAGAGCUAACUGGGGAGAGACACACACAAGCCAUCUCUGCAAGAAUAUUGAGGGGGGCUGGCGGAGAAACCUUUUGAGCAGAGGUGAUACCUGCCCAGCAGCUGCCAACCUUUGGCAACUGCUGAGAAGUACAGGCCAAAUCAUUUCUCAUAUACAACCUGUUACGGGGCUUCGCUCUGAGUCAGGGAUACUUCUGGCUGCUCCACUCCCUUUUCAGGAUCCUUCAGCAAAGUGCUAACCCAAGAAAUAUGCUUCCCCUAAAAAAUACUUAAAUAUAACCAGAGUCGAUCGAUACUUGCAAUAGCAACAAGUACUCCUAAGCCUGUACCAUAUAAAACAAUGCAAUGUAGAUUGUAAAUAUAAAAGAUAAAGCAAUAAAGCUUUUGGAAGAAGAAAAUAGAGUUAGGUAAAAUUUUACUAAACAAGACACAAAACACGAACCAGAAAGUACAAUGGAUAAACUAUACUCAAAUGAAGACCUUCUUUUCAUCAAGGAUAUAGUAGACAGAAGCACCGUUAAGCAACUUAGCUUGAUUUACAUUUAUAAAACACUCCACCCAUCAAGCGCAGAGGUACAUUCAACAAAAUGAAAAUAGUAAAGAGCCGAAAUCAAUGAAGUCAAAGACAUAGAGAAAAGAAUCAGAAGCUAUUAGGUUGGUGCAAAAGUAAUUGUGGUUUUUGCAUUGUUUUUAACCUUUUAAACUGCAAUUACUUUUGCAACAACCUAAUAGUUCUUUAAAAAGAUCAAUAAAAGUGCCCGUCGGGCUAUAGUUUCAUCAAAGUAAAAAAAGAUAAAAAUUACCAGUAUUAGGAAUUAAAGGUGCAUUGUCAUUAUAAACCCCUAAAGACAUUCCAACAACAAAAGAAUAUUAAGAACAAUUUUAUGCACAUAAAUUCAACAAGGUAGAGGAAAUAACACAAUUCCUUGAGAACCACAAACCACUAAAACUCACUGAAGAUUAAACAGGAAAUCUGAGUAGUCUUAUAAUUAGUAAAGACACUGAAGUUGUAAUUAAAAACUCUCCCCAAAAAAGGAAAUCGGGUUUCACUGGUAGUCUUUCACUCCACAUUGAAAGACACGACAAUUCUACAUAAUCUAGAAAAUAAAACAGGAGAGAACACUUCUCAACGCAGUGUAUGAGGCCAGCAUUACCCUGAUACCAAAACCAAAUAAAAACAGCACUAUAGACCAGCUUCUGUCACGAACACAGACACAAGAAUCCUCAGUAAAAUGUUAGCAAAUGAAAUCCAGCCGUAUGUGAAGACAGGCUACCAUAACCAAGAGGGGUUAAUCCAAGAAUGGAAGGCUAGUUCAAUAUUCAAAACUUGAUGCAAUACGGUUGUCACUGUGUGAAGGAUACAAAUGAUAGAUGUUCAACUAUUACAUUGUUUUGUACACC